AUGAAUACCUCUUGUGCUGAUGUUCUUCUAUUUGCUGCCCAUAAAUGGCCAAUGUCUAAGCCUAGUCUAGUGGCUGAAUCAAAGGAUAUGUUUGAUCAGAAAGCAAGUAACAAGUAUUGGAUAGAUGUACAACUUCGAUGGGGAGAUUAUGACUCCCAUGAUAUUGAACGCUAUACUAGGGCCAAAUUCAUGGAUUACACAACUGACAACAUGUCUAUCUAUCCAUCUCCGACGGGUGUUAUGGUUGGGCUUGAUUUGGCCUACAACUUGCAUUCUGCCUUUGGUAAUUGGUUCCCUGGUUCAAAAAUCAAAACCGCUGCUUGCUCAAGCAAUGAACAAGAUCAUGAAGUCAAAUCCCGCUCUAUAUCUGUUGAGAGAGAGGGUAAGGAAAGGUUUANCGGCUCUGAUAGGCCUCAUGACUUACUUCCGUGA